CAGCUGCGCAUUGUGGUACUGCGCUCACAGCUGUGUACACAUUGACCCCAGAGAGUCAGAUGCAGAGGUUUGGACAAAUCAUUCAGAUGGAGGCAUUGCUCAAGAUCGACAGGUAGACAUCAGGCUUUCCUUUAUUUCUACUUCUGUCAGUGUGACAGAUAUUCCAUUUUCAGUGACACUGACAGCGAGUUCACUACAGCUGUCCACUCCAGCCACUCUUCCUCCAAAGCUGCUCUCCUGCACACCUCCUUGCUGUAAAUCUUCAGUAUGUACCAGAUUGUGCCGGUGGCUCCUGGGGAGCAGCAGACAGUCGGUGGUUCUCCCAUGAAGAAGAAACGGUCUCAUGAGGGCCGGCCCAUGGUGUUAGCAGGCCUGUUGGGCUGUGUGUUGGUGCUGGCUGCUGUGGUGUCCUGGUGCUACUACUCAGCGUCCCUCCGUAAAGCCCAGCUGCUGAAGGCCGAGCUGCUGGACCUCAACAAGGACGGUUUUAUUAUUCAUAACAUGACGGGGGCUGUGGUCUUCAGUAUGACCUUCAGGUCUGGCACUCUGGAUCUGGACUCCUGCUCCAAAGAGGGAAAUAUCCUGAGCUGCACUCAGUCAGAUUCUGGCAAGCUCAACUUCUUUAUCCAGACUGUUAGACCAAAGGACACUGUGAUAUGUUACCGUGUUCGCUGGGAGGAGCUGCAAAGUAAGCGCUCAGUGGAGCAUGCCAUGGCCUAUAAUGACUCUCAUUGGUAUGGAGGGGCGGAGACAGCAACACAGUACUGGCCUAUCAGGAUACAGGGAGAAAAGGAACCUGAGCCUUUCAUCACCAGCGAUGUCUACUCCAAUCGAGAUGCUUUUGGGGGUAUCUUGGAACGCUAUUGGCUGUCUUCAAAUGCGACUGCCAUCAAGAUUAAUGACUCAGUGCCUUUCCAUUUGGGCUGGUCAGAGAAGGACAGGACCCUCAGGUUCCAGGCCCGGUACCAGGACUCUCCCUUCAAACCAGCAGAGGGACAGCAGGCCUUACCCGAACUCAGCUACAGAGUGUGUGUGGGUUUGGAUGUCACCUCUAUUCACAAAUACAUGGUGCGUCGAUAUUUCCCAAAGCCCAGCAAGGUGCCAUCCCCUGAAGUGUUCAAACAGCCAUUGUGGUCCACAUGGGCUCUCCAUAAGACAGCUGUGACUCAGGACAAACUGCUGCAGUACGCCUCUGACAUCACCGAGCAUGGCUUCACGUGCUCCCACCUGGAGCUGGACGACCGCUACACUUCAGAUUAUGGAGAGUUUGACUUUGACCCGCAGAAGUUCCCCAACGCUAGCGGUAUGUUUGACAAACUCAGAGAGGACGGGUUUCAAGUGUCGCUCUGGACUCAUCCUUUUAUCAACUAUGACUCCAUCAACUUUGGUGUUGCUGUGGAGAAAGGACUGUUUGUGCGGGAGCCGAGCGGAGAGCUGCCUGCUCUGGUUCGCUGGUGGAACGGCAUCGGAGGAAUCUUGGACUUUACAAACCCAGAAGCAAGAGAGUGGUAUUCCUCACAUCUGCAUAUGAUCAAAACUCGCUAUGGCGUCACGUCCUUCAAGUUUGAUGCAGGGGAGUCAAGCUACCUCCCACGCCAGUUUAGCACCAUGGUCCCACUGUCGGAUCCCUCCACCUUCACCCGCCGCUACACAGAGAUGGUCAUCCCGUUCAGUGAGCGUGCAGAGCUGAGGGUCGGCUACCAGAGCCAGAACAUCUCCUGCUUCUUCAGGAUCAUUGACAGAGACUCUGUGUGGGGUUACGAGCUCGGCCUCAAGUCCAUCAUCCCGACUGUACUGACGAUUAGCAUUCUGGGCUACCAGUUUGUCUUACCUGAUAUGAUAGGAGGGAACGCAUACCCCAACCGCACCACAGGUACUUCAGAUGGCAAAAACGUUCUUCCAGACAGAGAGCUGUACAUCCGAUGGUUGGAGCUGUCUGCUUUCAUGCCUGCCAUGCAGUUCUCUAUACCACCGUGGGCCUAUGACAAUGAGGUUGUACAGAUAGCACAGAAGUUCACAGAGCUUCACAAGACUCUGGUGGCCCCAAGGGUCCUCGAGCUGGCAGGCGAGGUCCUUGACACAGGAGACCCAAUCAUAAGGCCCCUCUGGUGGAUCGCCAUCAACGACGAGGCCGCCUACAAGAUCGACUCCCAGUUCUUGAUCGGGGAUGACCUGAUGGUGGCUCCGGUGCUGGAGCCAGGGAAGCAGGAGAGGGACAUCUACCUGCCUGCCGGACGAUGGAAAAGCUACAAGGGAGAACAUUUUGAUAAGUGCCCCAUGUACCUCACUGACUACCCCGUGGACCUGGACGAGAUAGCUUUCUUUACAUGGGUUCACUGAAGACAUUAAAGGCACUUAAACUCGCACACACAUUCUGUUAGCACACAUGCCAAGAAGCAGCAGGAGAUGUUUGUUGUUCAAAGGGAAAUGACCACUAGGGGAAUUCACUGCAAUCUUUUGGCAAGAUGAACUACAUGUCUACUCUGCGUGUACAUAUUAACCGUCCACUCACAGAAUAACAAUGACAUUUGUGUUCACUCCUAAUCAUCUUGCUCCAUCAUUAAGCUGAUCCUCAUGUGCCUUCCACAGCCAAUAGUAAAACCGAUCUCAGAUUGUAUCGUCACCUUGUCUUCCACCAAAGCUAGUAUGGUUUAAUAACAACUGUGCCAGAAGUAA